AUGGAUAGUCAACACUCUGAUUUUCAACCAUUAUCUUCAAAUGAUUCAAAUCUACCUUCUCAACAAUCACAACAAACACCAUCAUUUUCACAACCAAAUCAAUUCCAAACACAACAACUCCCACAGCAACAACAGCAUCAACAACAGCAACAACAACCACAACCACAACAGCAGCAUGGUGGAAUACAAAUAACCCCUCAGUUUUUGGCUUCCUUGACUCCACAACAAUUGCAAAAUAUGAGAGGUAAUCCUCAAGUUCAAGAAAUGAUAAAACAAAUGAUUUUGAGGCAACAGCAUCAACAGCAACAAUUAAACAACCAAAAUAAAGGUAUGAAUACACCUCAGGCACCACAUCAACAACAAUUUUCACAACAACAGCAACAGCAGCAACAACCACUACCAACACAACAACAACAAUCCUUCAUGGAUAAUCCUAACGAUCAAAGACAACAAUUUCUAGCAAACAGUCAAGGACUUCAUAAUUUAUCACAAGGCUCUUAUAGACAACAACUAGAUAAUUUUCCUCAAAAUCUGCCACCAUUACCGUCUCAAAUGGGUCAACCACAACAACAGCAAGGUGGUCAGAAUGAAGCUAUUUAUAGACAAGAUGUACCUAAUCAAAUGUCACCACAUAAUAUGCAUCCUCAAGUUGGCGGUUUACCUGGAAGUUUACCUGUUAAUAAUUUACCAAACAGAGCUUCGGCUACGGGUGGGCCAGGAACAUUAUCGAAUCCAAGUCAUCAAUUCACAGCGGAUCAAGUGAAUAAUAAUCCAUUACCUUUCAAUGGAGUCACUCCAGUAGUAGGUGGUCAAUCAGCUGGAGUAAAUCCUCAUACUCAUCUAUAUAAUCAACAACAACCAGAAAUUAUAAGAAACUCAUCCAUAAAUCAAGCUCAAAAAAUUAAUUCUAGUUUGAGUGUACCACUUUCUUUAGCUUCUAGUACUUCACAAGAAUUAGCAAAUAAAAUACCCAUGACACAAAUAAAAAGUUUUAAUCAAUGGUCAUCAAAAUUAACUAGUGAAGGUAAACCAGUACCAUUAGAUACAAAAGUAUAUGAAACUAUUAUAAAAAAAGAUGGAGAUUUUUUAGCGAAUUCAUCAAAACAAAAUCAUGAUAUGAAAACUUCAAUAGAAAAUUUAGCUAAAGAUUUACAACAUUAUAAUCAAGUAAAACAAUUAAGAAUGGGAUCAAUUCAAUUAAGUUCUAAAAAUCAACAAAAUAAUAGUAUAUGGGGAGAAGGAUAUCAAGGAUAUGGAAAUGGUGUAACUAAUACAAGUACAAAAUUAAUAAUACCAGGACGAGAUUAUACAGAUCGAGAAAUUAAUGAAAAAGUAUCUUUACAAAAUUUAAAAGGUAGAAAUUAUGUACCGAUAAGAUUAGAAUUUGAUCAAGAAAGAGAUCAAUUCAAAUUACGUGAUACAUUUUUAUGGGAUUUAAAUGAAGAAAUAAUAUCAGUUGAAGAAUUCACAAACCAAUUAUUACAAGAUUAUAAAUUUAUAUCAAAAUUACAUUAUCCAACAAUAGUUAAUUCAAUAAAAGAACAAAUCCAAGAAUUUCAACAAAAACCAAAUAAAACAACUGGAGAAAUAAGAAUACCUAUUAAAAUUGAUAUAGUAAUAAAUAAUACUCAAUUAAUUGAUCAAUUUGAAUGGGAUAUUUUAAAUUCAAAUGAAAAUGAUCCUGAAGAAUUUGCAACAAUUAUGUGUGAUGAAUUAUUUUUACCUGGUGAAUACAGUACUGCUAUAGCUCAUAGUAUAAGAGAACAAUGUCAAAUGUAUCAUAAAGCAUUAAUUUUAUCUGGUUUUAAUUUUGAUGGUACUCCAAUAACAGAUGAUAAUAUACGUAAUCAUUUAUUACCUCCAUUAAGAUUAGUUUCAAAAGAUUAUCAAGUUGUUGAUGAUUUUUUUUCAAUAUUAAGAAAUCCAACAAAUGUAAAUGAAUUUAGUCCACAAUUAAUAAAAUUAACUGAAUUGGAAGUUGAAAGAAAAGAUAAAGAAAUGGAAAGGGAUAGUAGAAGAAAAAGAAGACAUAAUUAUAAUGAAGAUAUACAAAUUAAUUUGAAUGGUGGUGUUGGUGGUGGUGGUAACAUAGUCAAUAGUGCAGGUAGUUUUAUAAAUGGAGGAAAUAAUUUUGGUUCAACAAUAAAUACACCAAAUAUAACAUCUUCAACUACAGCAAAUACAAGUAGUUCAAGAGGUUUUGGAUCAUCAAGAAGAAAUGCAGCUCAUAUAGCAAGAGGUAAUACAGCACCAGAUCUUUCAACAGUUCCAAAAACUUUUAGAACUCCUGCUCCAUCAAGUGUAUUACCAGGUGGAAUUGAUUUAGGAGUUCCUGAAAUUUAUCAAUAUGAUGAAAUAUUUGUAAAUAAAAUUCAAAUUAGAAAUCCGAAUUAUAAACCUCCUUCACCUGAAUUAAUUAUUAAUGAUAAAGUUGAUUAUGAUUAUGAUCCAUUAAAAGGAACUUUCAUGGUUACUAUAAAAACUAAAUAA